GGAGUGGGACUCUUGUCGUGCACAUGAUACCACGAUGGAUGACUAUCCGAUGUAUGGGCUGCUUGUGGGGUUCAACCUCUGGGGGACCCUAUGGCGUCUCCUCUUUCCUAUGGGCUUUUGGCCCACCUUCACGUGUAGAGUAGGGACUCGGGGUGGUACUUCCACCCAACCUUACACGAAGGAGGAGGAGGAGAGGAUGGCCGCCAUCCUGCAGGAGAGAAAGGAGAAGAAGGCCCUGCAGGAGGAGCAGGCGGCAAAAUUGAAGAAGAUGGAGGAGGAGAUGGCUAGAGAAAAGGAGAGGUUGAAGAAGGAGGAAGAGGAGAAAUUGAAAGAGAUGGAAGAGGAAGAAGAAGAUGAAACGCCACUGCAACGGAGGAGAGGGCAGCACGGUGGCAGCAAAGAUGAAGAAAUGGAGAAACGGAUUUCGGAGUGGGUCGCCAACUUAUCCCUGGGCGAAGACGAAGAGGUAACCAUGUAUAUCCYCAAGGAUGAGCAGGAAGCCGCUAUGAAGAAAUGGGAAGAAGAAGAAGAUGUUCUGAAGCGGCAGGCGAUGGAAGAUGAAACGAGGAUGGUGUGGAAACUGGCAAUGAUGAGAGAGAAGAAAAGAAGAGUGGAGGCGGCAAGUGAGGCGGUUAAAGAGUUGGAGGAGGUGCAAAAACGAACUCUACGAUUGACCCCCCAGGUAGACCUCCAACAAAAGGUGGAUAUCAUUGCCCAGAGCGUCGAGCGUUUAGCGAGGGUACAAGAACAGCAAUACGAGUUUAGCCGAAGUCAAGACAUAGCUGGGGUGGCAGCUCCCAAGGAGGGCGAGCCGCGUCCUCGUAGGGAGCCAGUCAAAGUUAAGUUCCCUGAUUCCUACACUGGAAAGAGGGAAGAAAACUUUAACAAUUGGGAGGCCAAUGUCAAGCCCUAUGUGCACCUGCAACAGGUCUUCCCGGAUCAGCAUGUCUUGAUUGCGAUCCAUGUGCUCAGAGACGAAGCUGCCAGCUUUGCAAGGUCCCUAGUGCGUACCGCUAACUGCAAUGAUGAUGCAGUUACCUAUCCGUCAUUCACCUCCCUCGCUGAGUUCAUGAAAUUGUUGCGCGAGCGAUUUGCAGAUGUUGCUCGCAGUGUCAAGGCCUCAGAUAAGCUUCAGACAAUCCACGCUCAGGGAGUCCAGGCGUAUUUCCGCCUAGAGAAAGAUGGGAAAGUGGAGAAGGUUCUCCACUCCCUGACUCUCCUCGUAAAAGACAGCCUCCCAUUUGAUAUUGUUCUGGGGAUGGAUUGGGGAGAGGCAGCCGGGGCCACGCUCCAUUUGAAGGAGCAUGAGUGUAGGCUCCCUAGUUCUUCAAGCGAGGCCAAGACUGCCCGCCUGUUCCAUGUGUCAGGAGUAGAGAAUCCCUUGGCACAUUGCUGCCUUAGACCCUCUGCGUUCGCCAGAUUAGUGAAAAAGGAGAAAUUGGAGGAACAGGUUUUUGUUGCCUCUGUUAGGCCAGUGGCUGAGCCUACGGAAGAAAAGUCGAUGGACCCUGCGAUUGCCAAGCUGCUGGAAGAGUUCAAGGACCUAACUGAGCCGCCGAUAGGAGUGGUACCGCGGCCCAUCCAGCACCGCGUUGAGAUAGAGUCUGGCAGUAGAACUCCUAAGGGCGUUGUGUAUAGGAUGUCCCCACGGGAGUUAGAGGAGCUUCGCAAGCAAUUAGACGAGUUCCUCGAGAAGGGUUGGAUUAGACCCAGUUCGUUUCCUUUUGGAGCGCCUGUUCUCUUUGUUCCCAAGAAAGAGGGAGAGUUGAGGAUGUGCAUAGACUAUAGGGGUCUGAAUGCUAUUACAGUGAAGAAUGUUGAGCCACUGCCUAGGAUAGACGAUCUCUUAGAUCGAGUGCAGGGGGCGAAGUAUUUCUCCAAGAUAGAUUUGAAGUCUGGAUAUCAUCAGAUAGAAGUGCAUCCUGGUGAUCAGUAUAAGACAGCCUUCCAGACUAGAUAUGGGCACUAUGAGUUCAUAGUGAUGCCCUUUGGACUAACCAAUGCGCCAGCUACGUUCCAGCGCUGUAUGAACGAUUUGUUUAGGCCAUGGUUAGAUAGAUUUGUUAUUGUCUACUUAGAUGAUAUCUUAGUGUUUAAUAAGACCCUCCAAGAACACCAGGGUCAUCUCAGGCAGGCCUUGGAGAAGCUGAGGGAAGCUAACUUCAAGAUCAAUGCAAAGAAGUGCGAUUGGGCAAAGACCCAAGUUUUAUACCUAGGCCACGUCUUAGACGGAGACGGCGCUAAACCAGAGGAUUGUAAGAUCGCAGCGAUUAGAGAUUGGCCCACGCCACGUACGCUGACGGAGUUGCGCUCGUUCCUGGGCUUAGCUAACUACUACAGGAAGUUCGUGAGGAACUUCUCCACCAUCGCUGCUACCCUUCGCAGAUUGUUGAGGAAAGAAACCAUUUGGAAGUGGGACAAGGACUGCACGCCUGCCAUGAAGAAGUUAAAGCAGGCAUUGAUAGAGUACCCGGUCCUUAAGGUAGCCGAUCCGUCCUUGCCCUUUGUCGUCACUACGGACGCUAGUCAGUACGGCAUAGGUGUCGUAUUACAGCAAGACGAUGGCAAUGGCUAUAGACCCGUAGAGUUCAUGUCCGCCAGGAUGCCUUCAGAGAAGGUCGCGACAUCUACCUAUGAGAGGGAACUCUACGCUCAUGAGACGUUAAGAUGGUUAAAGAUGCAGGUCAAGAUGACACCUAAGCUUACUAGGUGGGCCGCAGAAAUAGAUCAGUACGACUUCGAGCUCAAGCCAGUCAAGGGGAAGUAUAACGUAGUUGCGGAUGCUCUGAGUAGGAGAGUUGAUUACUUUGGGGCAAUACCACUGCAGCAAUCUCCUGGGCCAAUGCAGCCUAUGCAGUGGAUACCCAAAAUACCUUUGCCGAGUCCUAAGCCCUUCUUUGGUGACAGGAAGAAGGAUGAGGACUUGGAUACCUGGGUGAGGACGGUGCCCACCUAUCUGAGGCACAAACUUACCAGGCCGGAGCAAGAAGUUGUAGUAGCUGCCUCCUUUCAAGAGGGGUCAGCAACUCGCUGGUUGAAUGGCCUAGUGCAGCAACAGGGCUAUUGUCAGAACUUCGAUGCCUGGGCCCAGGCCCAGACAUUGGAAGAGUUCGUACGGUCCGUGUACAAUAGGUGGCAUGACCCUCAAGGGGCCCAAAAGGCCACAAAUGCGAUCAACAGUCUUUGUGCCAGAAGGUACAAGAAUGUUAGAGAGCUCACGGAUACCGUAGAACGUCUGCUUGUGGUACCUGGUGUGCGCUAUGACCAGCAGGUACUCCUCACGGAUUACCUUAGAUGUAUGCCUUCAGAGGUCAGGACAAAGCUGGUUGAUGAGGCGUAUGUAGAGCAGCACAACUUCGCCUCUUUCAGCAAGAAGGCCUUAGAUCUAGAGGCAAAACUGGGGUCCGCGCAUCAGAGUCAGGGAGAUGGUAGGAAAAAGAGACUACCCCAGGACUGGAAGAAGAAAGGUCAACUAAUGUUCGUCGACCACGAUGGUCAGGCGACAGAAAUUGACGACUUCCCAUACCUUGGGGAGGAGACAGAGCACAAUGGGGCCAGCGAGACUUCCGAUGGGGGAGUCAUGACACCCAUCAAAGAAAAGGUUAGGGGGACCGGGAAGAAGAAGGUAGGCCGUUCUACGGGUCAGGGCGACCAAGGAACGCCCGCAUGGGUGAAACUUGGUUCAGAGUAUGAGGUGUGGAGGGACCGAGUUGCUAGGGGCACGUGCAUGAACUGUGGCAACUAUGGCCACACAUCCCGGACGUGCCGAGGCAAGAAAGUCCUAACGAGGGUAACCUCUCCAAUGGUGGUGGGACUAUCUUCGAACCCUGGCAGUGCUUCUGCGAACACUUCGCAGGGAAACACCUAAGGCCAGUAGGAGUUUUAGCCGCUCUUACUCGCGCUGAAGUGGUAACGUUGCCUUCCCCACU